CAGGCAAGGGGGGGGCUGCCAGGCGAGGGGGGCUCUGCGUGCCCUCGGGUGCUGUCUAGACAGAGGGCAGAGGCGGAGAGGCGGCUGCAGGGCCCACUGACCCUGACACGUCCAGCUCUGGGCGUUUGGCUGGUUGGGCAGGAUGCCAGGCCUGGGCCUGGGGGCCUGGAGCGACAGAAGGUGGGAAGAGCUUCCCACCACGAGUUGGGGUUGUGUGGGGGGUGGAGCUCCGAGAAGACAAGGAAUCCCAGAAGGAUGGCAAAAGGAUCCAGAGCUGAGCUGGGAUGGGAGCACCCAGUGCAGGUCUCUGGCCCUCCUUCCCAGCUUGGGAGCAAAUCAUCCCUCUGUAGUUACUGAGCACCAACUGUAUGCAGCCCCCAGGGCCGGGAGCUGGGUGUUGGGAGUGGUGCAGGAGGGCACCCCUGGUGUGGCAGUGACCGCCCUCCGGUGCACAGGUGGCGUGUGCUGGCUGCAGCAGGGUCGAGAGGCCACGUGCAGCCUGGUGCUGAAGACCGACGUCAGCCAAGCGGAGUGCUGUGCCUCCAGCAGCAUUGACACUGCUUGGUCCAACUUCACUCACCCGGGGAACAAGAUCAGCCUCCUGGGCUUCCUGGGCCUCGUCCACUGCCUCCCCUGCAAAGAUUCGUGCGAGGGCGUGGAGUGCGGCCCCGGCAAGGCAUGCCGCAUGCAGGGGGGCCGCCCGCGCUGCGAGUGCGCGCCCGACUGCGCGGGGCUCCCGGCGCGCCUGCAGGUCUGCGGCUCGGACGGCGCCACCUACCGCGACGAGUGCGAGCUGCGCGCCGCGCGCUGCCGCGGCCACCCGGACCUGCGCGUCAUGUACCCGGGACGCUGCCGCAAGUCGUGCGCGCACGUGCUGUGCCCGCGGCCGCAGUCGUGCGUGGUGGACCAGACGGGUAGUGCUCACUGCGUGGUGUGUCGCGCGGCGCCCUGUCCCGCGCCCUCCAGCCCCGGCCAGGAGCUUUGCGGCAACAACAACGUCACCUACAUGUCCUCGUGUCACCUCCGCCAGGCCACCUGCUUCCUGGGCCGCUCUAUCGGCGUGCGCCACCCGGGCAGCUGUGCAGGUGCGGCGCGGAGCGGGGAGCGGUGGCGGGGUCCAGCGUCCCGCCCCUCUCCGCGCCCCCAUUUUUCUUUUCUUCCCCCCCGCUCUGCAGGCGCCCCUGGGCCGUCAAACGCAGAGUCGGAGGAGGAGGAGGAGAACUUCGUGUGAGCCUGUGUGGCCGACUUGGGCCUGGCGUUCAAGGCCUCCCCGCUUUAUUUAUUGCUGCAGCCGAGUCUAAUUUAUGUUCCAUGGACGCUCCCCAGAGCCUGGACCGGGAGCCCCCUGACGAUACGUUGGAAGGAUUGGGGGAGGAGGCCUGGGACUGUGGCUCGGAGCUGCCCAGGAGGACCCCCGCUGCUUCUGCUCUAGGGGAUAACUUAAUUAUCGCUGCCACGGAGAGGGCUGGGGACUCACUCCUGCCGACAAUUAGUGAAGAAGCACCCCAGCCUUCUAGACUACAGACUGGGACUAAGGCCUGGGUGUGUAAGUGAGCCUCAGAACCUGCCCAGGCCUCAAGACAGGCCGAGGAAGCAGCCAUCGUCCCCAGCCAGCUCGAGGACGCCGGGGCUACCUGCCAUCCUGCCCUUGUUUCCCGAUUACGUCCUGUGGUGGCCCCUUAGGAAAACCCAGCUUGUCCCCUGGACAGGGUGAAGGGAGGGGCCGCUAUCUGUGUCUCCUGACACGGGCCUCGGGCCAGAGCGUUAUGUCCAGUGGUGCCCAGUGCACUUAGGGCAGGACCGCGUGGGCACAGGAGCCCCUGCUCACCCACAGGCCCUGGGGUGGGGUGUGUGUGCCAGGACCCACUCCAUACCCUGCCUCCUGGAGCUGCGUGUCUGAGCAGCACACUAGUUUUGGCAGUCCCAUCCGCAGAUGAGGUCUGGAUCAGAACCCCUGGUCCCAUGAGACUGGUCCUUGGCGGAGCCUCAGCCCAGUGCCCAGCUGGACCUUCCUCACCCUGCAGCCGGCUCGGGAGUCUUGACACCAGGCAGGUGCUGGCCUUGGGUAGAGUCUCUGCCUUCUGUCUGGGCUGUUGCUGGGUAAUCCCACCCCGUGACUGUAUGGGGGCCAGAGGCUCAGGCCACACAUCAGGAGCCCCCAGCAGGCAAGAGCACAGCUCCAAGUUUGGGGGAGAGACACACGGGGCCAGCUGUGCUCACCCUCCCCUAGCGCCUCAGAAGUGCCUUACCUGUGACCCUGAGAAGUGCCCUUGGGCUCCCGACAAGGCCAUCUCCCCCAGCCUGGGGUCCUGCCUCACCAAAGAAAUAAAGACUCCACUCUGGAGUGUCCAAGCCUU